GAAAGCAGCAACACCCGUUUGCGGCAUGUGCGACAUAACCUCUCAAUCGGUGGGAGCCGCCGCACGGAUCAAAGUUGUAAUGUGAUGCAUUUGUACGGUACUUAUUAGAAGUAGGGAAGUGAAUCGGACAAUGGUUGACGACUAAAUACGUUAUUAUGGACGAUUCGCUACGAAUGAUACACGAUAUGGCGUCUUUGUCGCCUCAAGAUAUCCUAGCCGAGAUUAGGAAGUUCAUCUCCGGCGCCGUUAGGCCUUCCCACGGCACAAACGCGCAAGAUGUGACGCGUACGGCGUUAUUCCUGUUGAAAAACGUUCCCGCGACGAGGGACGCCGUGCUCGAGUAUCUUUGCAACGUGUUCUUCGUCGCGGUGACGAAAUACGUUCGCCAACUCGAGACAAAACAAACCACGGCAAUACCGGAAGAAAGCAUCAUAGCGGAGAUCCAUACCGUUCUAAGUAAUUUCAUCAAUGGAAAUCCAGAGGCAUGGGCGCCCAUUGUGUCAGCGUGGUCGUUGGAAUUGCUCGGCAAACUGUCGUCCGACUACUCGAAACGUGGCAACUUGCCCGCGAAGCCCAGCAUCAACGAUUUUCUCCAGCAGUGGAUGUCAUGCCGCGCAACUCGAACUCUCAUAGAUAUCACGGCUCAAUGUUUACAGUGUCUCAUGCAUUCUGAUACCGAGUCUUGCAUCAAGGCUUUGUUAGAUACCAGUGUGCUACACAGCCCGUACUUCGAUUGGGUCGUCGCUCACGUAGGCAGCUGUUUCCCAAACACAGUGAUCACCAGGGUACUGUCGUGUGGCCUGAAAGAUUUCUGCGCUGUUGGUUACGAGCAUAACGUCAAGAAUCCAAAGUUGAAUUCUGUUGUUGGCAUACUAGGACAUUUAGCAGGUAGUCAUUCUCAAGAUAUCAGGAGGGCAUUGCUGGAUUUAUUUGGGUGGAGCUUAGUUGAGGAUGUAAAGCUCGAUGAAGAUAUCAAGAAGCAGAAAUUGGCUACAGUGCCGUUCCUCUUGAAUCUAGCGUCGUUGUCGCCGACCCUCUUAAAAGCAGUAACCUGCGAUGUGUUACAAACGCUGAAGCCGGACGUCAUACCACGUCUCGCGUUGUUUGCGGCGGACUGGUGCAGGUAUUUCGACGAUCAGCCACAAGCAUUGAUGGACCUGACCGUGCACUUGGCGUUGGGAUGCGAGCAAGGCGCGUUGCAGAUAAUAAACAUACUGUUGGACACUAGCUUAAACACGAGCAACGUCGGCUAUCACAGCGUCAACGCGGCGCAAAACGUGAAGAACGUGUGCCGCGAGAUAUUGGAGCUGAUACUGCAAGAGAUCGAUCUCUUUUUGAGAACGCACGGGCCUCAGACCAACAAAGUCGCCCUGUUGAAUUCGAUCAGGCAGGAUAUCUCGUUGUUGGAGCCGAUGUUGUUGAAUCCCAACCCGCUGCGCGUACAGACCGCCGUCAGAUUGCUAUGCUUCCUCCAAGGCCGGAGCCAAAACAUUGUCGUCUCCAUGGCGGCUUAUAUGUUGGUGAAGGCGCAAACGACGUUUCAUCUCGCCGCCUUGUUGCGUCUCAUCACCAACAACAUCGUGUUGUUCCCCGUGAACAAGUCUGAGAAUAACCUCGUCGGUAGCGGCCACUUUACGCAGGUCUUGGAGCAAGCGCUCAGAGAGAUACACUAUAAGAACGUCGUAGACAAGAAAGAGUUGAGACAGUUAUUUCAAAAUCUCAUCAUAUUGUUGAAGUGGGAAAAGUCGAAUAAAGCGGCGAUACUGCAGUCGAAGAUGAUCACCAGGGCGCUCAGAUCGAAUUUACAUCAAGUGUCUUGUUUAUUAGCGAAAACCAACGACUUCGACCUGGCAACCGACAUGAUCGUUCUGCUUGAUCUGCUGAGCACGCCCGAAAAGGAUCACAUUCUCAACGUGGAGCUUAUGCUGAGACUGACGAGGGCGUUCAUUCAUUACUUCUUUCUAUGCAUUGCACAAACUGACGUCAUCAAGAAGCAGCAAGGUGUAAAGACAGUGUGCCACCUGCUGAGAGAUCUGACAUGUUACUCACCGUGCGCGCGCGUGUUGGCGCUCAGAGAAAUAUUAGAGAACAGUAUCGAUAACGAGGAGGCCCAGUUCUUCGGCGCGAAGGAGAAAUUUGAGCCUCGUUUCGAGGAAAUGUUGCUGCUACAUCAGAAUCAUAAACAGGUGACGAGCACCAUGUUGGCGCAGCGACACUCGUCGGUGUUUCACGCCGGUGUGAUAGGACACGGCCCACGGAGGCUACCGCCUGAAAAUUUGAUCGAUAAGGAGGUCAUUGCUGUAAACAAGAUGCUGUUAAUAGACGUUAUAAAGGCGUGUUGCAGUAACCAGGAUUCGGAUCGAUAUCCCGUCAACUUGGACGCCUUGAUGAUGGUCAGUCUGCUGUUGGUUGAAUUGGUAUCACCCGAUGUUAUGUACAACGGUCUUCCGUGGCCCGACGAGGAGUUCACCAAAGUGACGAUAGAAAGAGACCUGCAAAUCCGUCGGAAGUUCAAGGACGUACCUCUACUGUGGACGUUGCUGGAACUGACCGCCUGGUACAGACCAGCGUUGGCGUACAGCUCGGUCUUACUCAGAGGCAUCGCUGCGACCGUCAUGGCCAACUGGAAUACAGAGGAUGGCGUUUCUCUCGUCAAUAUAAUGGCGCUGGGUCAACUGUUACCGCCGCCGUUGGCGAGUAUCCGGGACAUCCUGCCCGUUUUGGAGCUGCACCAGAUCAACACGGUGAUGAAGGAAUGCGUAUGGGCGUACAUGCGCGAACACGUGCCUUCCCCGGCUUUGUUCACUCGUACCGAAGGCGCUAACAUAGCUUGGAGAGACACUGACACGUCAAUGCCCAACGCACGUUUCACGGAUACUCUUCGUCUGGUGCUGCUAGCGAAUAUUCAUACUCUGGGAUCUUUGUACUCGACGUUAUUUUACAAUGAGAACAAACAAUAAGAACGUGCCGCGUCUCAGACGCGGGAUUCACGUCGAUUUCGACGACUGUACAUAACACUGAUCGGAAGUGGCGGUAAUAAAAUUAAAGUGUUACCUGAA